AGCUACUGCUUCCUUCCCUCCAGGCCACAGAGCUGGCGGCCCAGGGGGAAUCGCAGAGUCCAGAAAAUCUCUCCAGCACCCCUGUGUCGAGACCCUACACUAGACUAUGGAAAUGCCAAGUAAUCAUGAUAUGCUUGUGAUCAUAUGAACUCCAGAAGUAUUUAAGAUAAACUUUAUAUUUCCAAAUGGAGACAAGUAUGAUGGGGAUUGUACAAGAACAUCUUCUGGAAUCUUUGAGAGAAAUGGAAUAGGUAUUCAUACCACUCCUAAUGGGAUUGUCUACACAGGAAGCUGGAAAGAUGACAAGCUUUUUGAUAUAGUCAAGGUAUCUUGAGGACCCCUGUUAUUAUCAUCAUGGACCCCCAAGAUGUUCAAGUGCCCCAGAUCAGAAACAUUGACUUGAUGAAUGGUUUUGGAAGACUUGAGCAUUUUUCAGGAGCAGUAUAUGAAGGACACUUUAAGGACAAUAUGUUUCAUGGACUGGGGACUUAUACAUUCCCAACUGGGGCAAAGUACACUGGAAAUUUCAAUGAAAAUAGGGUGGAAGGUGAAGGACAAUAUACUGAUAUCCAAGGACUAGAAUGGUGUGGUAACUUUCAUUUCACAGCUGCUCCAGGCCUGAGGCUAAAGCUCCACAUGUAGAUAUUCUGCACUGAAGUUUUAAUGUGGUAAUUGCAGCUUUUAGUUGUAAGGAAAACAACUAAAUGUCAUCUGCAGUAACUUCAUACACUGCCUAUAUAUUGUAAUUUUGCCAAUAAAACCAUCACUCAUU